AUGAGGGUUGCCCGCCGAUCCUGUAUCGCUUCCCAUAUAUGCCUAAAUUCGCGAACACGUUUGCUUUAGUGAUCUGUCGGUCGACCGCAGACAUUAUAUGGAUCUUGGGCGGGAGUUCAAGCCCAAGUCAUCCUACUCGCCCUCCCGAACCAGCGGUCUUGGCGAGUCUUGACAAACGAUCAAGAUCACGUGCAGAAGGACGAUCAUCAGGGACGUGCUUGACCCCGCUGUUCCGACUCCACUCUAUCUUUUGAAAGGAUCCACCGAUCGCAUAUCAAAGCAAUGACUGAUAUAUCUGGCGCAAGUGCCACGGACUUCGCGAGAUCCAUCCUUCCGAUCUAUCAUGGUCCUUGCGUCACAAUUCGGAUCAAUUCUUGUGACCAUGAAUAUACCGUUUCGAAAGAUCUUCUCUGCAGAGAAUCUAAAUAUUUCUCAGCAAUGUUCAAGGGCGAAUUUAAGGAGGGGCAACAGCAGACAGCAAUUCUGGAGGACAUAGAAGGGAUUGUAUCAGUUCAAAGCCUUGAGGCCUUCUUGCAAUGGCUAUACCUCCGCAGGAUCAAAUUCAAAAUAAUGGAACCAGUACUCCAGAUCUCGGCUAUGAUAGAACUUGCACGUUUUGCGGACAUGUGCGUUGUGACGGAAAUGGAAGCCCAAGUUGCGCGGCAGUUGAAGAAGCUUUUACUUGCCAACCCAAAUCCCGAGUCCACCGAAGGUGGAAUCAAUAUUAAUACUUAUUGCCUCACGUCUCAGCAUGUUAUCUCAGCAACGUUCUUACCUCAAUGGCACGCAGUCCGUCGCAUUCUAGCGGCAGCAACGGUGGAAGGAUAUCUCCGCUGUGAAAACCACAGAUUUGCUCGGGAAGCGCGAGAAUAUCCUACAUAUGGAGUUGACCUUCUGGAAGAAGUAGGAUCAACUCUAAAGGGGUUCAAGUUCGACCACUAUCAAGCUAUUUACCAGGAUCCUCUCGACGGUCAGGAGCAGAACAUUUACAGAUUUCGUGCUGGGUGAAGGCCAGAACCACAAUCUCAGACGGUUUCACGGUGUGCGGACGAAGCAGCUAUUCUUAACCAAGGAUGAGCUAUAUAAUGCUUAUAUUCAGUGUUUCCAUG